UUUCAUAAUGAGGCUGGUUUCUCCUAUACUUUGUAGAUUUAUAAUACCUAUUUUGUUGUGGCUGGUUCCAUCGGGGAAGACAGCCUGUGAUCCAUGUGCGGAUAAUCAGUCAACAAUGAUAUACGACAAAAAUUUUCUUGAUAGUAAUCAAAGUAUUAAUGAUGAGCCGGCAAGUAGAUGUGAUAAUUGUGAUCAAAAUACCAUAUCAAAGGUUAUUAAUUUUUAUAUAUUUGGGCCCAUAUAA